AUUCAUCCCACCGCGAGGCGCGAGGUAAACAAGUCGAUGACAGAUGAUUUUAUGUCCGUAUUAUCGUGCGCCGAGCAUAAUUUCGUCGCGCGUUCCACGGGAGGAACGGAACAGAAAACCGCGCGAGAACGGAAUGCAUCCGUUCGGAUUCCUCGACGAUGGUAUCACGGGCUGCACGGGAACCGAGACCGGCGAAAUCCCGAUGGCGCCGAAAAAUAAAGAAAAUAACAGCAAACGAAAAAAACAAAUGGAAGACGAGGGCGAUGAGGACUAUCGAAAGCGGCGGGAUCGGAAUAACCAGGCUGUGAAACGAUCCAGAGUGAAAAGUAAAAUGCGCACGCAACAAACCUUGGAACGAGUAAAUCAGCUGAAAACAGAAAAUGAAUUGUUGGAGGAGAAGAUUAAAAUGCUUACCAAGGAACUUGGGUUUCUGAAGGAUCUCUUUAUUGCUCAUGCAGGAGGUUCCAGUCAACACUCCAUAAACAUCCAAGAUCUAGAUCUCAAUGCUCUCCUGGCAGAAGAAAAACCCACGGAAGAUUCGCUAAAGACGACUACCACCAAGCUGUAGAUCUAUACGAACUCCACGUGAAGAAAUCAACGUGGUAUUAAAUUUGUAACGCGAGACAGAUAUUCUGGCUCGUUCGACCGAAACAGCAAGUGAACGUCUUGGAAAGAUGUUCCACUUGAAAUUCAUUGUAAAAGAUUCCAGAUGCGAAGAGCGUUUUUCGAACGCAAUCCUUUGAAGUUACAGCAUCGUCAGUGAAUUAUCACCAGCUAAAUUUACAACUUAUUAAAAAUUAAUGGAGGCGAGAGUGCGAAACGUGGUGGAACCGUCGACGAAAAUUUGCGAUAAAUUUGAGUUGAAAAUGUUCAUUUUAAUCGUUAAUCAAUAGAGAUUAAUUAAUCUUUGAUCUAAAAAUGAUGACAAAUGAAAAAAGUCACUGAUACGUACAUGUUGCAGAUAUUAGAGCAUUAUAUGGCACAAUUGUAUCUUGUGUAAUAUUCGCGCCUUUCGCGAGAUGUGACUUUACUGUGACGUACAUACGAAAAUAAUUAAAAGAAUUUUCUUUUAAAUACAUACCGAAUAAUAAAUUA